UCGAAGCUUGGUGGGUACUUCUUCUUGAAGAUGCCGAAUUCCGAACAGCGUGAUGGCAGAAACGCACAUGGUCGUGAAAGUGAUCAAGGUGCUGGUGAUCACACCGAAUGGAGACAGCAUCGGGCACCUACUUGUUUCAAUUGCAACGAGGUGGGCCAUUAUGCAAAUCAAUGCCCCAACAGGGGCCGGAGGAGUUACUCGUCAAGACCGUCGACAUCCAGCGGCUCGCAACGUUCUCGAACUCCACGACGCUAUCAUAUAUUGGAGUGAUAAAGACGCAAUACGAGAUCGAAGCCAGGAGGAAGGAGGAGAAAGCACGCCGCAAAUUGAAGAACUUGAAAGCCGAGGCGAAGCGGUUUGAGGCCGAAGAAGCAAAGAAGUGUGAGAAGCAGGCGUUAAAGAAGAAAGAGAAGUUGCGCAAAGAGGCUGAGCAACGAGCUGAGAUGAGGAAGGACCUGAGGUUGGAGAUGUGUAUGGACCUGCAUGAGAUGAAUGACGAGUUCAUCGCUGAAAUUAAGCAAACGGUAUUACCAGCUUGUUUUCCACCGCAGCAAGAGAAAGGGAAGCAAAAGAUGGAGUAUAUAUCCGAGGGAUACUCGUCAUCCAGCGACAGUCAGGAACGAAGCAACACGAGCGUGACACAGAAAAUUAAGGAGAAGACUGGAAAACUGAGUAUCACCGACAAGAGGAAGCGUGGUCCUGAACCUGUUUUUGAGGACAGCCCGCCGAUGGAGUCGCCGGCUAAACGUACCCCUAUGCGUGGUACAGUGAAGCCGGUGAAGUUAUGUAUGUGCCUCACACGUACGAAGGCGAACCAGGGAGAGAAUACACCAGUGGGUCGGAAGACCCGCGGAAGUAGGAAGCGUGUUUCUCCGAUGAAGACACCGUUGACUCAUAGGAAGUCGGCCAUCAAGAAGGCGUCGCCGGCAACGACCUCUGCAACAAAGGUAUCGCUGGCAAGAAUGAGAUACAAGGAUGUUGUUAUGAAGGAGCUCAAGGACCUUGAAGCUCCAGAGUUGCAGAAGAUCUGUAAGGAAGAAGGCAUCCAUUACGACAAAAAAAUCGAUGUCAUUUUUUAUAUUGCCGAACACAGGGCACAACUUACCCUCGGAGAUGGAUCUCCUGUGAAAGCCGAUGUGAUUGCGCUCGAAUCGGAUGCCGGUACGGUUCAACAAGAUGAAGUGUUGGAGUGAUGUGACUUCAGUGUGUCACAGUUAUGGCGACUUUGUAAGUUUUUGACUC